AUGAAACAGAAGAACGUUUAUUUGUACAUACCAAAUAUUAUUGGUUAUAUUAGAGUUUUAUUAUUAUUAGCUGGUUUUGUAAUACGUCAGGAGAAUGUACUACUCUUUGCAAUAUUUUAUGCUAUUAGUCAAAUUUUAGAUUCCUUGGAUGGGUUCACAGCAAGGAAGUUUAAUCAAACAUCCGUUUUUGGUCAAAUUUUAGAUCAAAUUACAGACAGGUUAUCAACGAGCUUGUUAUAUCUCCUCAAUGCUAGUGUCUACGAUGAGUACAUAACAAUUAUAGGAUUAAUUAUGAUUGCGGAUAUAGGGGGGCACUACAUUCAUGCAACAUCAUGUGCCAUCGAAGGAAAUAAAACUCAUAAGAAAAUUGAAAAAGGAAAUAUGUUGCUUAAACUAUAUUAUGAGAAACCAACUGUGAUGGUUAUUUGUAUAAUUGCUUAUGAGACCUUUUGGGUUUCCGCAUAUAUAUUAAAAGUUGCAGAUAAAAGACAAUUUAUAUAUAAAAUAGGUUACUACAUGUUCAUAUUUUCAUGUCCACUGGCAGCGUUCAAAACAUUCACAAACUUAUCUCAAGGAAUACACGGUGUAAAAAGUUUAGUAGAGAUGGACAAUAAAAGAGGAUGA